CGGCUAGCUGAGUCAGGUGAUGUGGCCGCCUUAGCAGCCCUGGAUGCGAGCUGCGUGGCGGAGGGCUCGGCGGGAUGGAGCCAAGGUAUCUACCAGUCCGACGUGCGCCCCGGCGGCCCCAACCUCAUCCUGCUCGCCGAGCUCCCCACCCCGCCACCACCACCAGCAGCACCGCCACCAGCAACCCAGCAGGCUGCUGCGGCCCUUCCAGGGGAGGCACCUGGGAGCAGCACCAGCUGCAACAGCGGUAGCAGCAGCAGCAGCACCACCACCACCACCACCACCACCACCACCAACAACAACAACAACCGGGCCGCGGGCAGCGAGGCCCCUCCCAUCACCACUUCAACCACCCCCACCAGCUCCACCACCAGCAGCAGCACCAGCCCCAUGGUAGUGGCGGCGCUGGUGUGCGGCAGCGAGGCGGGCGGGGAGGUGGCGCUGACCAACCUGGCGGUGGCGGCGGCGCAGCGGCGCAGCGGGCUGGGGGGGCGGAUGGUGCGGGAGGCGCUGCGGCGGCUGGGCGCAGAGCGGUUUCCGGCUUUCCUGGAAGUACGGCAAGACAACGUCAAGGCGCAAGCACUGUACGGCAAGUUUGGAUUCCAAGUGGUGGGUGUACGGCGGCGCUACAAUGCAGAUGGCAGCGAUUCACUCGUCAUGGUUCGGCAACCGUCGCCGUUGUGAGACCACCUUUAUCGUGGAUGGUGGGAUGAGGAGCGCAGCGAGAGGAGGUGCAGCCGCUGACAUUUCCGGCCCCUACCGUGUAUUGGUAAUGCCUCAGAUAGGAUGUAGGGGGCCAGGGAUUAAAUGUAAGCAUUAACCCCUAACGUGUACAAUUUUGAGGCGACAUGGGGCAGGUCGCUGCCAGGCCCUGCCGCAGAGUGGCUUAUAGGUAGGGUUAUGGUUCUCUGAGGGCGCUGAUGACGAGAUGCGUUGUGAGCAGCUGCUUGCGUACCGUAUCGCAACUCUGUUGUACCAUGUGGAAGCAGGCAGACGCAAGCAGAAUCCAAUGGACGAGCAGAGCGACAAGCCGGUAACGACCUCAGCAAAGAACAACAACAACGGAAGCCCCAGCAGAAGCCGCCCGUCCGCCCACGUCCUCGUCCGCCUGUUGUAUCGCUAUUUGUACAGCGCGCUAAGAAAUGAGCGGUUGGGGUCGUGCUGAUGUCCGGGGGUAUGCUGUCCCCUUCCCCACCAUGCUCCCUCACCCCGUCCACCAUUGGCCCUCCAGUUGCCCGGGCGGCCACCCCCACCAACCCAACGACAACAGAACGAC